GAGCAAUCUGUAACUGGCGUUAUAAGCAAAAAAGCAACUUUUUCAAAACAAGCCUCAUUUUCAUUCUCGACAGAAGAAGCUGACAGUUCUUGUAGUAAUGUGCUUGUGAUCUUCCGUUCUACCUAAUCGGGGUUUGCACUGAUAAUGAGAGCUCAGUUUUUCCACUAAUAAUUCAUCCCUGCCAAGCGGAUUUCGUCUGAUGGACUUCGGAGGGGUGCUUUACUUCUCGGACGACACUCUAGUUGGUAGGGACCUAGGGACCGCACGCGGCAGUGGCACUCAGUGGCACACGUGAGUGCUUUACUGAGCUCCAACCUUCUGACAGCGUUUACUGCAGCGCUGACAGCGCACAGCUCAGGGACUGCGAUGGACGGGGCAGAUAAAGAACUUGUCGAACAGAUUUUCACCGCCCUCUCAGAGGCGACCCAAGAGGACAUGAAAAAAAAUUACAAGUUGUUGCCGGAUAGUAAUUCUUCCACCGCCGUGAUGUACCCAAGCAACUCCACUUGUACUCAGCCGGCACCGCUACCUGUAAAGCAUGGCCACGACUCAAGUUUUCGGGGCUUCGGUGCUGAGACAGAGCGUAUUGUUUGGGAGGCGCUGGGCAUAUUGGAUGGUUCAGUCAUCCCGGAAGAUCUCUCUGAUAAUACUGAAAAGCCACCUUCCUCGCUGACUGAUCGGAUCUGUUUGACAGAAGAGCAACCUGUUGAUACCAAGAAGGCACUGUUGCCAAGCAAGAAGAAUACCGCCGAGUCCCAAAAGACAAGAAUGUCAGAAGCUAGCAUCUCCAGCCUGGAUGCCCUGUUGUCCACUUCAUCCCAUGAAGUGACAAGUAUUCAGUGCAUCUUAACUCUCGGAGAAGAACAAGCGGACGACAAAGUCUCUCUGCCAGACACCCAUAGCACCAACACAAACGAUGCGAGCGGUGCCCCCCAACACCCCAGCAUUAAGGUGGACCCUGACAGCACGAAUGCCCUGGCUGCCCUUGCGCUGGGAAGCCCCAGGCACAGCGUGAUAUUCAGGAAUGAAUUCGCACCAUCGGCCAUGCGCUCAUCGCCAGCAUGCGGCACUCACGUUUGGUUUCACCCAGAACUUCAGCUGCCCGAAGCGGGCUACAUAACGUCUGGCAUCCAGGCAGAUGUCAUUCACAGUUACACCACUUAUCCACAAAGUUACGGAGCUUACUUUGGAAGCCCAGAUGACAGGAGAAUGCAGAGCCCUCGGUCAGUUUGCAGCAUCAUUCCCCAAAAGUUUUGUCUGAUCUGUGGAGAUGAGGCAUCUGGCUGUCAUUAUGGGGUGCUCACCUGUGGAAGCUGUAAAGUAUUUUUUAAGAGGGCUGUUGAAGGUCAUCAUACUUAUUUGUGUGCUGGUAGAAAUGACUGUAUUGUUGAUAAAAUUCGUCGAAAGAACUGCCCAGCUUGCCGUCUCCGAAAAUGCUACGAAGCUGGCAUGAUGCUUGGAGGACGAAAAAUCAAAAAAUUUGGAAAUCUGAAGGCUAUAAGUUCAAUACAGACAGCACCUCUGGUAUCCUCACAAAUAUGGCAUCAUGGAAACCAGGACCUGGGCAAACUAUCGUACUUGCCUUCACUUCAGGAAAUUGAGCAGAAUCCACAGGUUAUCUGUAUUCUAGAGACAACUGAGCCUGAUGUGGAGUGUGCAGGAACUGAUAACUGCCAACUAGAAUUACCCAGCGUUCUGCUAAGCUGCCUGAACCAACUGUGCGAGAGGCAGCUACUGUCUAUAGUCAAAUGGACCAAAACACUUCCAGGAUUUCGCAAUUUACACCUUGAUGACCAAAUGAUUCUAAUUCAGUACUCCUGGAUGAGCUUAAUGGUUUUCUCAAUGGGAUGGCGAUCCUACCAAAAUGGUUCCCACCGAAUUUUAUACUUUGCUCCUGACCUCAUUCUAACCGAGGAUACAAUGAAACAGUCUCCAAUCUAUGACCUGUGCUUAUCAAUGCUAAUCAUCCCCGAAGAAUUUCAACAUCUUCAAAUAACAAAGGAAGAGUUUCUCUGCAUGAAAGUUCUUCUUUUACUCAAUACAAUACCAUUGGAAGGCCUAAAAAGCCAAAGCUUUUUUGAUGAUAUGAGGCAAUGCUACAUAAAGGAACUUACUAAAGCCAUUCACAGGAAAACAAAGGGAAUUGUUGCAAGCUCCCAACGCUUCUACCAGCUGACCAAACUAAUGGAUUCUAUGCAUAAGAUUGUGAAAAAGUUGCACCUUUACUGUCUGAAUACAUUUAUCCAGUCAAGCUCCAAUGUUACAUUUCCUGAAAUGAUGUCAGAAAUUAUCAUCGCUCAGCUGCCAAAGAUCCUUGCAGGAAUGGUCAAGCCUCUUUAUUUUCAUAAGAAAUAAUCUUUCUUACGUUUCGUUUUGAGUUUGUGUUUCCUGAAUUAAAAUUGCAAUAUUUAAAUGUAUUAUGUAGCUCUCUUGAGUGUUCCUAUGUCUCUUCAUCUGAAAAGUGUGGAGGCAUUGAAACUGUGAAAGAAUUACAUAAAGGGCUUUUUAUUGGACUGUAA